GUUGGACAGUCUUCAUAUAUAGUAUCUUCGUAUUGGUAUUUACGAGUUAUACAAUCUUCAGUCAUAUCCACAAGUCAUAGUUUGAGAUCCUACUUUCGUCAAGUGUGAGUUUAGUGGGUUGGAAUCGUGUUAUUAUAUCGUGUUUUCUCCAUUCGUUUUAGAUUUGUUUCUCAACAACAACAGUCAUUGAACACUUUUAUACAUAUACUAACGUUUAAAUAACGAUAUUAUCAAUCAUAAGUCAUAAUAAGAUAUAUUGAAAAAUGGGUUUACUAGAUAACGUUAAAUCAUUCAUUCAUUCUAUAUCUACCGAAGAUCAUUACGCAUCGUAUGAUUCUCCAUAUAGGAAUACCAGUGAUAAUAAUAGUAAUAAUAUCAUUGGUGGUGGUAAUAAUGGAUCCAAUGGAUCUAGUUCAAGACUUCAUGAAUUAAACAGAUUAAAUGGUAAUAAUUCUUCAUCUAAUAUUUUGGGUGAAACUCCUCAUGCUGGUUAUACUCCAGGUAUGAAAUCUUCUGCUGCUGAAUUACCAUUACAAGAUUUUAAUAAUGGAGGUCAACCUCCAUUACCUUCUAUGGAUUCACUUUGGAAUAGAAUUGAUAAUUGGAUAGAGGAAGAAUAUCCUGAAUUAGAUGAUUAUUUAAAUGAUGGUGCUACUAAUGCUGAUUUAAAUGAAUUUGAAAAUGAUUUAGGUUGUGGCAAUUUACCAACUGAAUUUAGACAAUUUUAUAAAAAACAUGAUGGUCAAUUCGAUGGGGGUAAACCAACUGGUUUAAUCAUGGGUUUAGGUCUUUUGGAUUUGGAAAGUAUUAUGGAAGAUUAUGCCUUAUGGGGUAAAGUUGCUGAAAGAUUAGAAAAACAACAAUAUAUGGCUCAACAACAUUUAUUACAACAACAGCAACAAGAAGCACAACAAAAUAUUCUUGAUAAUGAUGAUGAAGCAACAAGUUCUUCUGCUGCAACUGCUGCUGCUAAAGCUCAAGCUCCUCUUAAUAAUUCCUUCAUGUCAAAUCAAAGAUCCAUACCUCCUAACAGUGUGCAACCAUAUUAUUAUCAUAAAGCUUGGGUACCUUUAUUAAAAGAUAAUACUGGUAAUCAAAUUGCAUUAGAUUUAGCUCCAGGUCCAGCUGGGAAAUGGGGACAAAUUAUUUUAUUUGGUAGAGAUUUUGAUACUAAAGUUGUUAUUGCUUCAAGUUUUCAAGAAUUUAUAUUUUAUUUUGUUACUGAUUUAGAAAAUGGUAAUUAUCAUAUUGAUUCCACUCAAAUUGAAGAAGAUUUAGGUUAUUUAUCAGCUUCUAGGAAUGAUGAUUACAUGGUUGGUGAUGAAGAUGAAAACGAAGGUCAAUUAAGUUUUUAUGAUAGAGAAGGUAAAGAAUUCGGUAAGGGAGUUUUAAGAGGUACUGUAAGUUAUAUUGAAGUUUUAAAAAGAAGAGCUUUAAAGAAAUAUGGUUUAACUGAAGAUUUCACUACUGCAUUCACUCCACAAAGAAAUCCAAUUAAAAGAGAUAUACUUAAUGGUUCUUCAACUUCUCCUCAAAGAUCACAAAGUCCAUCUGUUAAAACAAAUGGAGCUUCUACAGCUACGAAUGGUAAAGCUAAUAGUCCUUUGAUCAAUGUUGAAUCUGCUUCUGAUAGCGUUACUCUUCCUAAAGAAACUCUUAUUGAUGAUAAAGCCGUCAAGGAAGAAUCAGCCAAAGUUGAAACUGAAGUAACACCUGUAGAAACAGAAGAAGCUGAUAUUGAAGCUGAACAUGAAUCUACAGAUGAAAACACUCCUUUGAAAGAAGUUGCAUCUGAAGAUAUUGCGGGUGUCACUGAUGGUUUAAAAGAAGUAGAAUUAUAGAUCUCCAAGCCAAAUCAUAGAAAACAUAAAAAAAACUACAAAACCUAAGUCCUCAAACUUCAUAACGAUUACAAAAAAACUUAACCAUUAUCAAUAUUUAUUCAAUUUUCAGAAGAGGAAGAUAAUGAAUUAUUUUAUGUCUAUUUAUUUACUUACCCUGCUGUCUAUUUGCUUCAAGCGGGCGACAAUUCCUCAUUCGCUUAAGCAUGGAAUACCACAU